UGGCUCCAACAGCAAGAAGUUAAACGCAGGGUGAAGAGGCAGGUGUGGAACAACCCACAAGCCCUUUAUUUUAAUGACCCCAUUUGGUCCAACAUGUGGUAUAUGCAUUGUGAUGAUAAGAAUAGUCGCUGCCGUUCAGAAAUGAAUGUCCAGUCAGCAUGGAAGAAGGGCUAUACUGGGAAAAAUGUGGUGGUUACCAUCCUUGACGACGGCAUAGAAAGGAAUCACCCUGAUCUGGCCCCAAACUACGAUGCCUACGCAAGCUACGAUGUCAAUGGGAAUGACUAUGACCCAUCUCCACGUUAUGAUGCCAGCAAUGAAAACAAACAUGGAACACGCUGUGCAGGUGAAGUGGCCGCCACUGCCAACAACUCGUACUGCAUCGUGGGCAUCGCCUACAAUGCCAAGAUAGGAGGAAUCCGGAUGCUGGAUGGUGAUGUGACUGAUGUUGUUGAGGCCAAGUCACUUGGCAUCCGACCCAACUACAUCGACAUCUACAGUGCAAGCUGGGGACCAGAUGAUGAUGGAAAGACAGUGGAUGGGCCCGGUCGGCUGGCCAAGCAAGCCUUCGAGUAUGGCAUUAAAAAGGGCCGGCAGGGUCUGGGGUCCAUUUUUGUCUGGGCAUCCGGCAAUGGUGGGAGAGAGGGUGACCACUGUUCCUGUGACGGCUACACCAACAGCAUCUAUACCAUCUCUGUAAGCAGCACCACCGAGAAUGGCUACAAGCCCUGGUACCUGGAGGAGUGUGCAUCCACACUGACCACCACCUACAGCAGCGGCGCCUUCUAUGAGCGGAAAAUAGUCACCACGGACCUCCGUCACCGCUGCACUGAUGGGCACACAGGCACCUCGGUCUCAGCACCCAUGGUGGCAGGCAUCAUCGCUUUGGCUUUAGAAGCAAACAACCAACUAACCUGGAGGGAUGUACAACACCUGCUGGUGAAGACAUCCAGGCCAGCUCACCUGAAGGCCAACGACUGGAAGGUCAAUGGUGCUGGUCACAAAGUUAGCCAUCUGUAUGGCUUUGGCUUGGUGGAUGCAGAAGCUCUUGUGAUAGAAGCAAAGAAGUGGAAAGCUGUCCCCUCUCAGCAUGUGUGCGUCGCCUUGGUGGACAAGAGGUCCAGGGCCAUCCCACUGGUGCAGACGCUGCGGACCACCAUGCUGACCAGCGCCUGUGCAGACCACUCAGACCAGCAUGUGGUCUAUCUGGAGCACGUGGUGGCCCAGAUCUCCCUGUCCCACCCACGCCGUGGAGACCUUCAGAUCCACCUCAUCUCCCCAUCUGGAACCAAGUCCCAGCUUUUGGCGAAGAGGUUGCUGGACCACUCCAGUGAAGGAUUUACAAACUGGGAAUUCAUGACUGUGCACUGCUGGGGAGAGAAGGCCGAAGGGGAAUGGACUCUGGAGAUUCAGGACAUGCCAUCCCAGGUCCGAAAUCCAGAGAGACGAGGGAAACUGAAGGAGUGGAGCCUGAUCCUGCACGGCACAGCAGAGCACCCCUACACCACCUUCAGCUCCCACCAGUCACGCUCUCGCAUGCUGGAGCUUGCCACACCAGAGCUGGAACCAUCCAGGGCUGCUGUGUGGAUUGCACAGCCAGAGGGCGCCGAGGAGGAAGAAGAGUAUGCAGCUCCUUCAAUGCAAGGCCUUCCUAAUAUUUUACAGACAAGUCUGUGCCAUCCAGAGUGUGGUGACAAAGGCUGUGAAGGCCCCAGUGCGGACCAGUGCUUGAGCUGCGUGCACUUCAGCCUGGGGAACUCAAAGAUUGGCAGGAAGUGUGUGAGCACCUGCCCCCUGGGCUACUUCGGGGACACCUUGGCGAGGCGCUGCCGCCGCUGUUACAAGGGCUGUGAGUCCUGCUCUGGCCGAGCCCCCACCCAGUGCCUGUCCUGCCGUCAUGGCUUCUUCCACCACCAGGAGAAGGGGGCCUGCAUGAGCUCGUGUCCCAUGGGGUUUUACGCUGAUCAAAGUCAGAAAAACUGCCUUAAAUGCCACCCAAGCUGUAAAAAGUGCCUUGAUGAGCCAGAAAAAUGUACUGUCUGUAAAGAAGGAUUCAGCCUUGCAAGGGGAAGCUGCAUACCAGAUUGUGAGCCAGGCACCUAUUUUGACUCAGAGCUUAUUCGAUGUGGGCAGUGCCACCCUACCUGCCAGACCUGUGUUGGGCCUGGCAAAGAAGAAUGUAUCCACUGUGCCAACACCUUCCACUUCCAUGACUGGAGAUGUGUGUCCACAUGUGGGGAGGGAUUCUACCCAGAGCAGAUGCCAGGCCUGCCCCACAAAGUGUGCCGGAGGUGUGAUGAGAACUGUCUCAGCUGCGAGGGCUCCAGCAGGAAUUGCAGCAAGUGCCAGCCGGGCUUCACUCAGCUGGGAACAUCGUGCAUUACCAACCACACAUGCAGCAAUGCUGAUGAGACAUUCUGUGAGAUGGUGAAGUCGAACCGGCUCUGUGGGCGGAAGCUCUUCAUCCAGUUCUGCUGCCGGACAUGCCUCUUGUCUGGAUAG